AUGGGAGGGCGUCAGAAGGGGGAUCUGCCCUGUGACCCCUCACCCCGGGCCUGGGCCCGAGCCCCGGACUUUCCGAAGCCGGCGAUGAGCGGGAGCAUCCUCCCUGCGGGUGGGCUUCCCGACCCCCUGCUCUGCGCCCCCUCGCGGUGGGCUGUGUCCCUGCCCCGCGUCCCCGGGGCCCUGCCCCGGCCCCGGCCUCCUCUCCGGCUCUUGCUGCUGCUGCUGCUCCUCCCGCCCCCCUCCGCCCUCUCCGCCGUCUUCACAGUGGGGGUGCUCGGCCCCUGGACCUGCGACCCCAUCUUCGCCCGCUCCCGCCCGGACCUGGCCGCCCGCCUGGCCGCCGCCCGCCUGAAUCGCGACUCGGCCCUGGAAGGCAGCCCCCGCUUCGAUGUCGCGCUGCUGCCCGAGCCGUGCCGGACGCCGGGCUCCCUGGGGGCGGUGUCCUCCGCUCUGGGGCGCGUCUCGGGCCUCGUGGGGCCGGUGAACCCCGCAGCCUGCAGGCCGGCCGAGCUCCUAGCCCAAGAGGCAGGGGUGGCGCUGGCGCCCUGGGGCUGCCCGGGGGCGCGGGCGGCAGGCACUACGGCCCCCGCCGGGACGCCUGCAGCGGACGCCCUCUACGCUCUCCUCCGCGCCUUCCGCUGGGCACGCGUGGCCCUGGUCACCGCGCCCCAGGACCUGUGGGUGGAGGCGGGACACGCUCUGUCCACCGCGCUCAGGGCCCGGGGUCUGCCUGUGGCCCUGGUGACCACCAUGGAACCCUCGGACGUGUCCGGAGCCCGGGAGGCCCUGAGGAGGGUCCGGGACGGGCCCAGAGUCAGCGCGGUGAUCAUGGUGAUGCACUCGGUGUUGCUCGGUGGCGAGGAGCAGCGCUGCUUACUGCAGGCUGCAGAAGAACUGGGCUUGGUCGAUGGCUCCCUGGUCUUCCUGCCCUUCGACACUCUCCACUACGCCUUGUCCCCAGGCCCAGAGGCCUUGGCCGUGCUCGCCAACAGCUCACAGCUUCGUAGGGCCCACGAUGCGGUGCUCACCCUCACGCGUCACUGUCCCCUGGGAGGCAGCGUGAUGGACAGCCUGCGCAGGGCCCAGGAGCACCAGGAGCUGCCCUCUGACCUCAAUCUGGAGCAGGUGUCCCCACUCUUCGGUACCAUCUACGACGCGGUCUUCCUGCUGGCGGGGGGCGUGGCGCGGGCGCGGGCGGCCGCAGGGGGCGGCUGGGUGUCCGGAGCCGCGGUGGCCCGCCACAUGCAGGAUACCCAGGUGCCCGGCUUCUGCGGGGCCCUGGGAGGAGGCGAGGAGCCUGCCUUCGUGCUGCUGGACACGGAUGCGGCUGGGGACCGGCUCUUCGCCACAUACGUGCUGGACCCCACCCGGGGCUCCCUCCGCUCGGCUGGGACCCCGGUGCAUUUCCCUAGAGGGGGAGGAGCCCCCGGGCCCGACCCCUCAUGCUGGUUCGAGCCACACGUCAUCUGCAACGGAGGAGUGGAGCCCAGCCUCGUGUUUAUUGGCUUCCUCCUGGUGGUCGGGAUGGGGUUGAUGGGGGCCUUCCUGGCCCACUAUGUGAGGCACCGGCUACUUCACAUCCAGAUGGUCUCUGGCCCCAACAAGAUCAUCCUGACUCUGAACGAUAUCACCUUUCUCCACCCGCACGGGGGCAGCACGCGCAAGGUGGCCCAGGGGAGCCGAUCGAGUCUGGCUGCCCGCAGCACAUCGGACAUCCGCAGUGUCCCCAGCCAGCCCUCGGACAGCUCCAACAUUGGCAUCUAUGAGGGAGACUGGGUUUGGCUGAAGAAAUUCCCCGGGGAUCAGCACGUUGCUAUCCGUCCAGCCACCAAAACAGCCUUCUCCAAGCUCCUGGAGCUCCGGCACGAGAACGUGGCCCUCUACCUGGGGCUCUUCCUGGGCACAGGAGCCGGUGGCUCGGUGGCUGCCGGGGAAGGCACGCUGGCUGUGGUCUCGGAGCACUGCACCCGGGGCUCCCUCCACGACCUCCUCGCCCAGAGAGACAUCAAGCUGGACUGGAUGUUCAAGUCCUCCCUCCUGUUGGACCUCAUCAAGGGAAUGAGGUAUCUGCACCAUCGAGGUGUGGCCCACGGGCGACUUAAGUCACGGAACUGCGUGGUGGACGGGAGGUUCGUGCUCAAAGUCACGGACCACGGCCAGGGGCGACUGCUGGAAGCGCAGCGGGUGUUAGCGGAACCUCCCAGCGCCGAGGACCAGCUGUGGACAGCUCCGGAGCUGCUUCGGGACCCGGCCCUGGAGCGCAGGGGAACGCUGGCCGGUGACGUCUUCAGCCUGGGCAUCAUCAUGCAGGAAGUCGUGUGUCGCAGCACACCCUAUGCCAUGCUGGAGCUGACUGCUGAGGAAGUGGUGCAGAAGGUGCGGAGUCCCCCUCCGCUGUGCCGGCCCUCAGUGUCAGCGGACCAGGCACCCAUAGAGUGCAUCCAGCUGAUGAAACAGUGCUGGGCCGAGCAGCCAGAACUCCGGCCCUCUUUGGACCGCACCUUCGAGCAGUUCAAAAGCAUCAACAAAGGCCGGAAAACCAACAUCAUCGACUCAAUGCUGCGGAUGCUGGAGCAGUAUUCCAGCAACCUGGAGGACCUGAUCCGCGAGCGCACGGAGGAGCUGGAGCUGGAGAAGCAGAAGACAGACCGGCUGCUCACGCAGAUGCUGCCGCCUUCUGUGGCCGAGGCCCUGAAGAUGGGGACACCUGUGGAGCCAGAGUACUUUGAGGAGGUGACACUGUAUUUCAGCGACAUCGUGGGCUUCACCACCAUCUCGGCCAUGAGCGAGCCCAUCGAAGUGGUGGAUCUGCUCAACGACCUCUACACGCUCUUCGACGCCAUCAUCGGCUCCCACGACGUUUACAAGGUGGAGACAAUUGGGGACGCCUACAUGGUGGCCUCAGGGCUGCCCCAGCGGAACGGGCAGCGGCACGCGGCCGAGAUUGCCAACAUGGCUCUUGACAUACUCAGCGCCGUGGGCUCCUUCCGAAUGCGCCACAUGCCCGAAGUUCCCGUGCGCAUCCGCAUCGGCCUGCACUCAGGCCCGUGCGUGGCGGGCGUGGUGGGCCUCACCAUGCCGCGGUACUGCCUGUUUGGGGACACGGUCAACACCGCCUCGCGCAUGGAGUCCACGGGCCUGCCUUAUCGUAUCCACGUAAACAUGAGCACGGUGCGCAUUCUUCGCGCUCUGGACCAGGGCUUCCAGACCGAGGUGCGAGGCCGCACGGAGCUGAAGGGCAAGGGCGCUGAAGACACGUACUGGCUGGUGGGCAGACAGGGCUUCAACAAGCCCAUCCCAAAACCGCCUGACCUGCAGCCUGGGGCAAGCAAUCACGGCAUCAGUCUGCAGGAGAUCCCCCUCGAUCGGCGCCAGAAGCUGGAGAAGGCCAGACCAGGCCAAUUCUCUGGAAAAUGAGGCCUAGUGGGCACAGGAGUAUUCUGGAAGGUCCUUUUCCUGAAAGUUGCUGCUAUAGGUGACCAAAACUCUGGCUAAUACCAGUGGCUUCUAGCCAGCUCUGCCUCAAAGGAUCCUGGGCCUUCACAGGAGCUGGUUGCAAACCCGCUGUGUGACCUCAGGAAAGUCUCAUGUACUCUCUGGGCUUGGGUUCCCCCUCCAUGGUGAAAUAAGAAGUGGCCUGGGUGGCUUCCGCACUGCCCUGCUCUGACAGCUAAGCGUCAGCAUCCUUGGUCUGGGGAUAUAGGGAUGACACAGGGAUGUGUGUCACUGGGCUUGUGGCCUCCAGCCCCAGUGCCUCUGAGCCCAUCAGGAGAGGGGCGGGGUGGGGCUUCUCCACUUUCCUGGGCCUCCUGAGGCCCCAGGAAAGAGGGUGUGGGAUUGGUCCUGUUCCUCCAGAGCAGGGUUGUCUCGUGGCCUGAGAUCAGCCUCUGUCUGGCUUCCACAUCCUUCCCUUCAUCCGUCUCCACCCCCCACCCCCCCACCUGUCAGAAACCAGCUCCUCCCUCGGGCACAACAGUGACCAGCCCAAGUGCAGAGAAAAGCUGGCUUCAAGGCUUUGGGGGAAAGGAAAGGAAACAGGCUGCACCAAACCUUUACUAUAGACACCCUAGGAAUCGUAGUAUUCCCUGCUUACGUGGGCACCACUGAGUGGGCGGGUGGGACAGACCAUCCUAUCCUCUCUGCUUAGAUCUUUCUAACAAGUACCAACAACCACCCCUCCCCACUGGUCGCACUGAAGCUGCUUUUGCAGAACCGUGAUGUCCCAGAGCCUGGGCGGGCGCCUCGUUCACUCCAGGUGUCCUUCCGCUGCUGCAGACCCUGGCAGGCCUUAGCCGCAGCGCCCAGAAGGCCACUGUAGUGAGGUCCGGUCCCCGGAGGUCUGCAAGCAGCAACAUCAGGGGCCAGGGACACAGCAGUCAGGGAGAACGCGGAGGUGGAAGGACUAAUGUAAUCCUCGGGGAGACAAAGCGUGGUUGGCAGGAGCGUAGCAGUGACCCCAACCCGGGGAACAGGUUGCUAGAAAGGCAAGUUCUCCCUUCAAAUGGUCCCCGCCUCUCCCCCGAGGCUCCAAGACAGCAAGAUCUUCUGAACGCCCUUCCUUGCCGUCUGUUGCCUGUGGGCAUGGGAGCUCCUGGAGGUGGUUUGGCCGCCUUGCGAAAUCCAAUCCGAAAUCCAAAUCCGCAAGCUCCCAGUCCUCCGCCUGGUCCUGAAGGUUGAGAACCACUGUUAGGAAAUCUAAACUUCAGCCCGUGUAGCUUCAGGUUACCUGAGGUGCCACUAGAGUGAGUAACGUAGCGCAAUUGAAAAAACACUUUUAAGGAAGUUUGGAGAUGAUGAGUUAAAGUUUUUUUUUUUUUAAACCCUGAUGCGUGCACACAGUUUGUUGUUUU